AUUUCCCCAUGGGGCGAGCUGCAAGCUGCUAAUCCUUAUUAUUCAUCUGUUCAUUCAAAGCACCGCUUAGACAUUUCAGAUAUCUGCACAAGCGUCUCAUCUUUUAAAUUGUGUUUAAGCAUAUUUCAUUUUGCUUGUAAUUAUUAAAAAGUUGUGUAAUACUAAUCAUUGGCUCGUCUCUAUAAACUUAUCUGGCUUAGCGAAUCUCUUAGAGUCGAGGCCUCUACAACGAAUUAGAAGCACCAUGCGGGGAAUCCAAGUCGGCCAAUAUGUCAAGGGCCCAAAAGAGCUCAAGGUAACCGAGCUCCCAGAUCCAACACCAAAACCAGACCAGUACCUCAUCGAGGUGCACGCCGCGGCCACCAACUUCUUCGACAUCUUACAGAUACAGGGAAAGUAUCAAAACCAGCCUCCAUUCCCCUGGGUCGCCGGCGUCGAGUUCUCAGGCAUCGUCCUCGCCACGCCGUCUACCUCCAAAUCGCCCAAAUUCCCAGUCGGCAGCCGCGUCUUCGGCGCUAGCCAAGGCGCCUAUGCGACGCGUGUGUGCGCUGCGGAGCACGAGCUACUAGCCGUGCCGCAGGGAUGGUCGUUUGCCGACGCGGCGGGCCUAUUCAUCACAGCGCCUACGAGCUAUAGCGCGCUAGUCCUGCGUGCAGAUGUAAAGGCCGGCGACUGGGUGCUCGUGCACGCGGCGGCGGGCGGUGUUGGGCUGGCUGCUGUGCAGGUCGCCAAGGCGUUCGGAGCGACUGUCAUUGCGACAGCGGGAACGCCGCAUAAGCUGGAGGUUGCGCGCCGUUUUGGUGCCGACCAUGUUGUGGAUUAUCGCGAUCCGAACUGGCCUGAUCAAGUGAAGAAGUUGACGCCGAAGGGUCGCGGCGUGGAUAUCGUGUACGACCCCGUGGGCCUGGUGGACAAGAGCACAAAGUGUGUCGCGUGGAAUGGGCGCAUUCUGGUAGUUGGGUUUGCAGCCGGGUCGAUUGAGAAGGUGGCUAUGAAUAAGGUACUGCUUAAGAACAUCAGUUUAGUCGGUAUUCACUGGGGUGCGUGGGCGAAGUUUCAGAAGGAGGGGAUUCCCGUGGUGUGGAAUGGGAUCAACAAGUUAGUUGAGCAGGGCAAGUUCAAGGGUACUGUAUUCUCGGAUAAGGAGUUCGUUGGACUCGAGAGCGUUCCCGACGCCUUGGUUGCGUUAGGGGGGAGGGAGACAUGGGGUAAGGUGGUCGUGAAGAUUCCGCAAGAGGGUGGGAGCAAGCUGUAGAUUUCGAGAAUAAUAUUGGUUAGGAUUCAUUAGCUCUUACGGUUGACCAGAUAAGCCACUAUACCAAAAUGAAAAAAAUAAUCGCACAUUAAAUUAAAAUUAAUAAGAG